GAAUCUUGAGGAAAAGUAACAUAUUUUAUAUUUGUUAACAGAGAAAAAACACUCAAUCGAAAAUGGGUCGCUUCAAGCCGCUUGCCAUCAAGAUGAAGUACGCGAAGAAGAUCAAGCAGAACCGCCCUGUGCCGUACUGGAUCCGUCUGCGCACUGGUAACCGCAUCAAGUGGAACGAGAAGCGCCGCAACUGGCGCCGCACGAAGCUCAACUACUAAGUUGUGCAGAGAAGCCGAUCGGAGCUAUUUCCAAGAAUAAGCGGCAGCCGCACCCCCCGACGAGGGGGGACUUCGUUUGUGUUGUGCUUGGGUUUUCAUUCCAACGGAAAUGCGCCUUCUCCUCUCUUUCCUAAUUUUUUUUACUGAUUAAGUGCUGUACUUCCAUUCGGUGCUUAAUGUGCAUUUUUCAUUU